AUGGCACACCAACAUCAAUCGCCGGCUCUCACUCAACGAGAGUGCGCCUCAAAGCCACUCACGCUACUCACACUACCGCAAGAGCUCCUGGACAUAAUCUUCGACUACGCUUAUCUAGGGCAUGGUGCUGCCAAGCAUUUAACUCCAGAUAUGUGGAAGUGUCGAAUGGCGCAACGACGUACUGGGGCAGACCUCCCAAGCACGCGCCCGUUUCCCGAAAUCGUUGUCGACCGUUUCUUUGUCUCCAAGUUAUUCUUCGGAAAUGGCCUCAAAAGCCUACGCAAGGAAUUUGCACGUCCAGGCAGCAUCCUAUUUGAGCACACUUCGCAUAUAAGGACAAUUGCGUGCACAUGCUUCAUAGUCAUGAACCUGCCAGAUCUCAAGCAUCUCACGCUAGAGAUCGAGGUCAGGGUGUUCGAUGAGUCGUCGGAGCAUGACGCUCUCACUCGGUUCUUCUCAAAAGCAGAUCUCAAGUCGCUCCCGCUCUUCAGAGCGCUGGUCAAGCAUAUCGGUCCCCAGCAUAUCACGGCUGUGUCUGGCUCGAACGGAUCCUUUGUAUGGCUUCAGAACGUGGCAGCUCUGGAGAGAAUCGUCAAUCUGACUUUGGAGGUGACUGCUCCCGAGAGAGACAAACGCCGAGUCAAGGCUGACCAAGACAAGCGAAAAAAUGGCGUUCCUCGCUUCGCGCACCAACCGGGCAAGCAUGGAUGGGCGGGAAAGUCCUGGCCGCUGGACUUCGGUCAGGUCGGAGCGGCCAACAUCCUCGGAAAUGGUGUUCGCUUUUCACAAGCCCCUACCGACCACCACAACUAUUUCGAGGCCUCGGCCAAAGGCAUCACAGCUGCUAAGGUGGACGAAUUGAGGCAGAAGAGGGCUGCUUUAGUAUCGCAAGGCAGACGUUCUGUGGCUCCCGGGGUUGAUCCAGCAACACAGACACUCACCAAGGACACCGAAAAUCAUGGCAAGAAUUAA